ACCAAUAAAAAUUAAACAGCUCUGGGGAGCUCCGCCCCUUUGUUCUUCAACAUGGCGGUGUCCCGGUUACCAACAGCAGCUCUGAGCCUCAAACAGUUUUUGCAGAGGCAGAAGGUUCUGGGGCUUUACAGAGAUCUGUUCCGAACCAUCCGCAAAAUACCGGUCGAGUCUGAUCGCAGAUAUUUAAGAGAUUGGGCCAGAGAAGAGUUCAAGAGGAACAAGAGUGAAACGGACCAGGACGUGAUUCGCAUGAUGAUCACUCAAGCACACAAUCAUCUGGAGGACUUGAGAAAGUCCCUCGCGUUGGCUGGAUGCUAGAACGUCGACGGAUCCCGAGUUCAUCUGGAAAUCGAACUAAACGUUAACCAUUUAUUAAAAGGAUGGUUUGAACAGAAAUCAUCAGAUACUAAACCUCACGCCAUUCCAGACACAAGACUUUCACUCAUCUGACUGAACAAGUUCACGCAUCCAAAACGCUCUUUUAUGAUUGUAAAUUAAUUCCAGUGGAUCAUAUAGUCCUCUUAAGAGGCACGGUCCACUUCAUGAUUAAUUUAGCAAGUUGAUGAAUGUUUAUAUGCAAAUGAAAGCAUACAGAGAAGGGAUGAAAUAUGGUGAACACAAGCUAAUGUCUCGUUAUACACAAGAGCAACUUUCAUUGGUUUUCAUGCAUUAAUGAAGCAUACAGCAAUAAAAGCAUAAAUCUAAUCCGUUGAAGACAAUGUAUGAAGUCGUUGUGUCUUUAAAUUGAGGGACGGAAAUAUCUGGUUUCAAUAAAAUGGCUUCAGUUGUGUUUUUGAAGAUGAAUGCACGUCUUGUGUGUUAAAUGAUAUCACGGUUAUCGUUUUUAGGUGAACUAAAGUACACUAAAAUGUGAAAAUUGUGUGUAUAUAAAUGUAUAUUGCAUGAUCGCUCGUUCUUUUACUUUGCCAAAUAUUAAUAAAAGCCAAAAACGUUCA